UACAACGUAAGUCUCUUCUGUUCAUUGUAAUUUUAUUAGUUGUCAGUCUUUUCGUGUGAUGACCUGAAAAGUGAACAAUAAAUAUAAAAAUGACAGUAUAGUCAUGCAUACUAUUUCGGACAUGUAGAAAAGUAAGUUAAGAUUGAGAGAGUCGCUACACCAGUACACGCUCGAUCAUCGUGUUUGGGGUUCACGAUUUAAAACGUCCCCCACUUUCUACCGCAAAAUGAAUGCGCAACAAAAAAAAUAACCUCAGAGCUUUGCAUGUGCGCUUUACAUUGCACACCUACACAAAUAUUGAUUUACACGUGCGAAUCAUUGCACACCUACUCAAAUAUUACUGAAAAAGACUGAGUUGUUGUGAAAAAGAUUUCAACAUGUUUUCUUAUUGUCUGUUACCCUCCCAGAAAAUUAUUUCUUAUUUUUGUUUUUCUUUCCUCAAAACAUUAUUUCUUAACUUUGUGUCCUCAGAAAAUUAUUUCAAGUUUCGCUUCGUUUCCUCAGAAAAUUAUUUCUAAAUUUUGUUUUUCUUUACGUAUUUCUUAGUUUUCUUUCCUCCAAAAAUUAUUUCUUAGUUUUGCUUUGAUUCCUCAGGAAAUUUAUUCUUUAUUUUGCUUUCUUUAUUUGCCUAAUCUAUUCCAUCAAUGUAGCACAAGUCUUGAUGGCUGCUUUGAUUUUCUUGUUCGUUACAAAUUUCAGGCUAGCCCCAGUCCUUUCUAGUGGCAUGUGACCCUAUUACGUAGUAUUUCAGCAGCGCUCACAAAUUAAUGACUUUUACUAGCUAUUAUUAAUGACUUUCAUAGCCAAAAACAAUAACUGUCGCAACAAAGUUAAAAAAAUUCAACGUAAUUUCCACAUCGAUCUCUGUACUAAUGAUUGAUUUUUUUAAAAAAAUUAAUUUUAGAGAAUGAAGUAUUUCCAGCUUUAAUGAUGUACAACAGUGGCUCGUUAGAGAUAGUUAAGAACUUCUGUUACUUAGGUGAUAUGUUGGGCAGUGAAGGGGGUGUUGGAAGAAGUGUUACUUGCAGGAUAGGUUCUGCUUGGAAAAAGUUUAGAGAGUUACUUCCUUUAUUGACUAGCAGAGUCCUGUCAAUUGAGGUAAAAGGUAGGUUGUAUGAGGCCUGUGUAAGAAGUGUUAUGUUGUACGGUAGUGAGACAUGGGCAGUGAAGCAGGAAGAUCUUGACCGUUUAGAAAGGAAUGAUAUGAGAAUGGUUAGCCUGCUUCUUAGCUCAUCUGAACUCUUUCUGUCUCUCAGACUGGCGUUACACAUCCACCUAACCAUUCUUAUAUCAUUCCUUUCUAAACGGUCAGGAUCUUCCUGCUUCACUGCCCAUGUCUCACUACCGUACAACAUAACACUUCUUACACAGGCCUCAUACAACCUACCUUCUAACUCAAUUGACAAGACUUUGCUAGUCAACAAAGCAAGUAACUCUCUGAACUUUUUCCAAGCAGAACCUAUCCUGCAAGUAACACUUCUUUCAACACCCCCUUCACUGCCCAACAUAUCACCUAAGUAACAGAAGUUCUCAACUAUCUCUAACGAGCCACUGUUGUACAUCAUUGAAGCUGGAAAUACUUUAUUCUCUAUAAUCUCACCUUUCCAACGCUUGCAUACAAACUGAAUGUCAGCUCUUAACCUUCCACCAAUACUACUGCACUUCUUUUGUACCCAAUGCUUGCAAGUCUGAAUGCAAUGCUACUAAUCAUGACUUUAGUCUUUGCUGUGUUCACCCUUAGCCCUUUCUCUUCUAGUCCUUUCUUCCACUUCUCAAACUUUUCAAAUUAUUCUUCCAUCGACUCUGCUAUGAGAACCAAAUCAUCUGCAUACAAUAACUCCCAUGCACAACCUGUUCUGAACUCCAUCGACAGAGCUUCUAAGACUAGAACAAACAACAAAGGACUAAGUACAGAACCCUGAUGUACACCAACAUUUAGACUAAAUUCAUUACUAAGUGAAUCGAUAAUCCUGACACGACUUCUAGCAUUGCUGUACAUAGACUCUACCAUCUUGACGUAAUUAUUUUUAUUUCGCUGAUUGACCGACCAUAAGCUACUAUCGACUUUGCCCGUGGAACAACUAAUUAAGUUGAAGGAGUGGCAGCUGUAGUCUUGGAGCACUGUAAUCCACUUGCUAUUGAUUUCUUUUUUAUUUAAACAAUUCAUUCAGGGUUCCCACAC